CAGUGAGCGCGCCUAACAAACCGUCUCGUAACGGGGAUUUUCUCCAACAGUGAAGACCACAGACCAGAGAGGAGCAGGUGGAACUUUCGUCCUGUAUUAAUCUCUUUUUAAAGCGGCCGCUGCUGUCCGCUUGGCACGAGUCGUACCCCAACUAGAUGGGUUGAGAGAGACGCGUAAAGGCGCUAUGCAGUCGCUGUUAGUGAGCUCAUUCUGAAGGACGACGCUCAUCGUGAAAUCACAACUGUGUGGAUUCGUGAUUUCAGCGCGUCAGAAAAAACUUUUAAAAAAGAUCUCACGGCGCGUCCACGCUGAACUUCGGACGAUCUUUGACCGACUGUGUGGAGAGUAAACGCGAUGGAGGUGAGCUCGGUCCCGCUGUCUUCAGCUCCCCUGGUCCCCAGACCUCUUGCAGCCGCCUGAUGGCCGCACGUCCCGCUCCGCCAACACUCUCUCGGCGUUAGUCACGGCUUCUCCUUGUGUCCACACAGCUGAAUGGGUUUUCAGCCGCAGAAGAUGAACCUGUGUGUCGUCAGUCUUCUCCUCACUCUGGAUCUAGCCGCCGUGGCGCUCAGUUUGUCCACGUGCAGCACGCUGGACAUGGACCAGUUCAAGAAGAAGCGAAUCGAGGCCAUCCGAGGGCAGAUCCUGAGCAAGCUGAAGCUCACCAAUCCCCCGGAGGACUUCCCCGAGCCCGAGGAGGUGUCUCGGGACAUCGUGGCCAUCUACAACAGCACCCGCGACCUGCUGCAGGAGAAGGCGAACGAGCGCGCGGCGACGUGCGAGCGGCAGCGGAGCGAGGAGGAGUACUACGCCAAGGAGGUGCACAAGGUCGACAUGCAGCCCUUCUACCCGGCAGAGAAUGUCAUUUCUCCAACACAUUUCAACCCAUACUUCAGGCGGCUGACAUUUGAUGUGUCUUCCAUGGAAAAGAACGCCUCCAACCUGGUGAAGGCUGAACUUCGGAUCUUCCGUCUUCAAAACCAUGGGGCCCGAGUGUCUGAGCAGCGCAUCGAACUCUACCAGAUUUUAGGACACAAGGACUUGACAUCUCCAACACAGCGAUAUAUAGACAGCAAGGUGGUACGAACACAAACGGAGGGAGAGUGGCUAUCUUUUGACGUGACAGAGGCAGUGAAUGAAUGGCUAAACCACAGAGACAGAAACAGUGGAUUCAAGAUCAGCCUGCAUUGCCCGUGCUGCACGUUUGUACCAUCAAAUAACUACAUUAUUCCCAACAAGAGUGAGGAGCUGGAGGCACGGUUUGCAGGUAUUGAUGACAGCUUCAUCCAUGGCGUUGACCUGAAGGUGUUUAAGAAGCGGCGGCACAGCACUCGGGCUCCACACCUUCUCCUCAUGCUGCUGCCUUCAUACCGGCUGGAGGUCCCAGUCUCAUCCCAGCACACAGGCCAUCGAUCCAAGAGAGCGCUGGAUGCCGCCUACUGCUCCAGAAACGUUCAGGACAACUGCUGCUUACGGUCACUCUACAUAGAUUUUAAGAAGGACCUGGGCUGGAGGUGGAUCCACGAGCCAAAGGGCUACGAGGCUAACUUCUGUGCCGGAGCCUGUCCCUAUCUGUGGAGUGCAGACACCCAGCAUUCCAAGGUGUUAGGCCUGUACAACACCAUCAACCCUGAAGCAUCGGCAUCGCCAUGCUGUGUCUCCCAGGACUUGGAGCCCCUCACCAUCCUCUACUACAUCGGCAAGACCCCCAAAAUAGAGCAGCUCUCCAACAUGAAGGUCAAGUCCUGCAAGUGUAGCUAGACUCCCUUACAAGCCAGCACAAACACACUCUCCCUCUCUUCCUCCUUCUCACACACACACACAACACACACUCAUAGUGGAUUUGUGCAUACAUACAGUCAAACUUGUACUUUGUUGUACAUGUACUGGUAUACUCACAGCAGUGUGUGUGCAGAGCAAUUCAAUGCAUACACAACAUACAGGGACAGUGUGGUCAUACCAGGAACUUGACUUUGAUACCAAUGCUGAGUACCAUAAGUACGGUGUUGCAUUGCAGUAUUUGGUUGGUUGACACAGGUUCUCACUGCCUCAUUUGUGUGCAUGGUGUGGUUGGUGUGUAAUGUCUGGCUUUCCAAGCACCGGGAGUUAUCCAAUGUCAACAUGCAGCCUUUAUAACCAUUAAACCUUCUCUCCUGGAGUGCCUGCCCAGUGUUAAUGAACAUUACAUUGUUCUUAUGUGGCCAUGCAAACCAAACCAAAGACAGCAAAACGUCCACACACGUAAUUAUAUGCAGCUGAAAACCAUGAAAUCAUGCAGUAGAAGUUUUGAGGUGUUCAUCACUGCUGUCUCUCAGUGAAAUUGUUCCAUGUUCGGCUCCAGGCAAAAGUUGAUAAACCAGGUUAAAUGGGAAUGGGGUCUUGUUCAUGAGAAACUAGUUGAUACCAAGCAGCAACUAUGUGAAUGAAUCCAGGGAAGGUCAUGGUUUAAACAAUCUGACUGUAUUGAAAUGUACUCUAAAAGGAGAUCCCAAUUGAUAAAUCCUGACAGUACUAGCUAUUGCGGACUUAUCCAUAACAGCAUAGUCAAAAAUAUGUUUACGGUCAUUAAGAACCAGUUUUUGUCAUAAACGUGUAUUUGCUUAGUAACUUAUUAAAUUGAAUGUUAUAAUCUAUAAGAUUUCAGUGCCAGUGCUUUGAAAACACCCCCGUGGUUAUUGUUUGUUAUUCCAGUGCACACAUCUGCACUGCCUAGAGAUUACUUUGACAAGCAGAACACAUUGAAUGAAAACAUGGAUUUAUAAUCCUUAGCAGUGGUAUCAAAGUCAUGCCAAUUUUAUUAUUGUGAUUCCACUGCACGGGACACAUAUAUGCGACAUACAUACAUACAUACAUAUAUAUGGACACAAAUACAAAAUAUAUACAAACGUACUAUAGGCGUACAGUGACAGACAUGUUUUUUGUACAGGUACAAACCCUUUUUUGCAUUUUGAAGGCCCUGUCAACACGAAUCACCUCACAUGAUUAUCACACGAGUCACAAGAGUAAGGCAAACACUGGAAGUAUAAGUGAUAAUUGUCUAUAUAUGAAAUAAGUCCUGAAAAUAACACAGCCCCAACCCUGACACCUACUUUACUGCACCUCCAACCUCACCACAGGGAAACCAUGUCCUCAUUUCUGUGUUUGUCUUUGUUGGGUACCUUUUUAGUUUAGUUACAUUUUUUAUUACAAAUGUUUGAAAAGAUACAAUGAUGAAUACAUAAGCCACCACAACAGAAAAACAUCACAUGGGAGCUCCUUAAAGGAUCAUUUCAGUUUAUUACAACAAUUGCCAUAUUUUUGUAGUUGGCCAUCAUCUCCAUUCAAUAUUACAAAGCAGUAACCUGAGUUUCUUUAUUUUCUUUAUUUAUUUGCAGUGUUUAAAAAAAAGAAGAUCAUUUUGAAUCACAAUGUCUAGUCAAGCCAAUGAUUUAAUUAUUCAAGACAAUUAACUGGUGCAGUGGAUGUAAAAAAACAAACAUGCGGUUCAGAAUUGGCCUAAUGUUUGUGUUGUUUUUGAGAACCGCUUAAACAAACAACUUCACACUGAGCUUCUUUUGGUCCUUAGCAACACAACUGCCAUGACAUACUGUAGAUAAUAUUUAAUUAUGUUCCUAUUACUCACUCAUUGUACCUGAAAUAACCCCCAAAGCACUUAAAACAUAUGCAACUCAGCUGUGUACAACUGACUGUGUACUUCUACUUCAGAAGAAAACAUUGUGGUACUACAUGUACCAGACACAGUAGAGUUGACAGCAACCUUGAACUGAAAUGAAGUAAAUUUGAGUCCAUUGUGCUGAUAAUACCUCUCUGUCACACACCUGAAGUAAACAUUUGAAUGCAGGGCUUUCCUGUGCAGUAUUAAUUGUUUUACCUUUAAUUGUCAGAAGGUUUACUUGUCCCAGCAUUCUUCUAUCACUGCCAAUACCAACAUUCCCAGUUAGAGAACGGUGAGAAGUAAAGCAGGACAUUGUUUGCCUUAGGCCUCCAAAUUACUAACUCCGUCCCUGAUAAACACACCCAGGUGGUUGUUACUCAGUUAUGCCAUGCUAGUUAAAUGUCUUUUUCAGGAGCUGUAGUUGUACUUUGACAGAUACAUCAUUGGUUAGCUUUGCUAAAAUAAUAAAGUGUUAUACUAGCAAGGUUUCGAGUGGUAGAUCCUCAUUUAUGUUUGGUUUUGUAACUGGGAAAGAUUUAAAGAAUCAUUCUAGAGAUGACAUUGCCUUACAGAGGUUUGUGAACCAGUGGCUAUAAGAAGUGACAUCAUCAGUUUCUUUUUUGAUGUAGUAUUACAUUGUAUGAUGUUUACACAGUUCAGCUUUGACCUGCUGUACUUACUGUAGUGUACACAGUUUUCCUGUGCAAUGAGGGAAUAUUAAUGAUUAGUGAUUAGGUGUGCGCACUUUAAGUUUGACCUCCAAAAAAAGUGUUUUGAAUAGCUUUGAUAAAGUGUUGGUUUGUUUCCAACCUGUCUGUUCAUCCCGAAACAAAGACAACAAUUCAAGUCUUAUUGAAUUAGAACUAACAAGCAAGCCCCCUGAUCCCACAGUGGUGUGUUGUACAGUGUUCUUUAACAGCCAGAUUAGUCAGUUUGACAUGGGACCAUCUGUGUCCUGUAAGUCCUGUAUUUGUUUGACCCCACCGCUCCACUCUGCUCACGCACAAAUUACUCAGUACAACCCGUCGCGCUUAGUUACUGUGAAUUUUGAAUUUGAACAGAUCAUUACAAAAGAAAUAUUAAAAUGUUCCCCACAUUCAAACUUUUGAGUAAUAGACACAUAGACAACUGUUCAUGCUCAUAUUAUAACUUAACCUGACCUGCAUGUAUUUUGUCUGUGGGUGAAAACACAUGGCUGGCUGAGGGAGAACAUGCAAACUCUACGCCAGGUGGGAACCAAAAGAUAAUUGCAAAUUAUCGACCCAAAUUGUAAUAAACCAGAAUUAUCCAUUUAAUCUUAAUAACGCACAGAUUGUUGCUGUUUAGUCUAGAGUAAUUGAUGUUAAGUCCAUAAACAGAGGCUGUCCUUCAUGUUCCAUUGUCUGUAUGUUUACUGGCUGAACACAAAGUCGUCAUACUCAGCACAGCCACAGAUUGGUCUGGAUUCAGACUUCUGCUAAGUGAUGAUGGCGCUGGAGAUGUGUUGGAGAUUAUAGGACGUAUUAGUAGGAUACGACUCAUAAACCCAACAUUAUUACAAAAUGUAUCCAACCAUCAGCAGCCACCACUCUAGUAAGCGUUUUGUAGUGUCCAUCAGUGUGCCAUCUUUCUACCAAAAUAAUAUUGUUAUCUCACUUGAAUGAAAAUGUCUGUCAUUCAUUAUUCUUAAAUACAAAGCAACUGCACUGUUUUUUUUGUACUAUUUUAAUGUACCUUGUUUCUUGUUAGUCAGAAAUCCCCCUGUUAUCCAAUAGUCUCGAUGUUGGUCACCUGACCCCAGCCCCUUCGGCCGCUUAGUGCCAGUGGACUUGUUGAGUAGCAGCUAAAAGAGAGCUAAGCAUCAACUUUGUCACAAUAGAGCUGUUAGUUUGUAUGUGUAUUUGUUGUUUGAUGAUGAAUGAUGUUAUUGUGACCCACUUUGCUAACAUUGUUGUUGUGGUGGUAAAUAAAUUAUUUAAGUUU